UCAGUGCGGUGGCUCUCUCUGUCAUCCUCGUCCUGUCACAGCAGCAGCAGCAGCAGCAGCAGCUCGAGCAUCUGAAAGCAUCAACUUCCUGCAUCAAAGUCUUUACUUGAUCUUUUACAAAGACGUCGCCAUGACUCACGCAUUUCCCUUCCUGAGUACUGAGCAGAAGAAGGAGCUCAGUGAUAUCGCUCAGAGGAUCGUAGCCACCGGGAAGGGCAUCCUGGCAGCUGAUGAAUCCACAGGCAGCAUGGCCAAGCGCUUCCAGGGCAUCGGUGUGGAGAACACAGAGGAGAACAGACGACUCUACCGCCAGCUCCUCUUCACCGCCGACAGUCAGGUCAACCCCUGCAUCGGAGGAGUCAUCUUCUUCCAUGAGACGCUCUACCAGAAGACAGACGAUGACAAGACCUUCCCUCAGCUCAUCAAAGAGAAGGGCAUGGUGGUGGGCAUCAAGGUGGACAAGGGCGUGGUUCCCCUUGCUGGCACCAACGGAGAGACCACCACUCAAGGUCUGGACGGCCUGUACGAGCGUUGUGCUCAGUAUAAGAAGGACGGUGCUGACUUUGCUAAGUGGCGCUGUGUGUUAAAGAUCACCCAGAACACUCCGUCCCAGCUGGCCAUCAUGGAGAACGCCAAUGUACUGGCCCGCUACGCCAGUAUCUGUCAGAUGCAUGGCAUCGUGCCCAUUGUGGAGCCUGAGAUUCUUCCGGAUGGAGACCAUGACCUGAAGCGUUGUCAGUAUGUGACAGAGAAGGUGCUGGCGGCUGUGUACAAAGCACUGUCUGACCACCAUGUCUAUUUGGAGGGGACACUUCUCAAACCCAACAUGGUGACUGCUGGACACUCCUGCCCCACAAAGUACAGCCCUCAAGAGAUCGCCAUGGCAACCGUCACUGCCCUGCGCCGCUCUGUACCCCCGGCUGUGCCAGGUGUGACCUUUCUGUCUGGAGGUCAGAGUGAGGAGGAGGCCACCGUCAACCUGAACGCCAUCAACCAGUGUCCUCUACACCGGCCCUGGGCCCUCACCUUCUCCUACGGCCGAGCUCUGCAGGCAUCAGCUCUGAAGGCCUGGGGAGGCAAGAAGGAGAACGCAAAGGCGUGUCAGGAUCAGUACAUCAUGAGAGCACUGAACAACAGUAAGGCGGCGCAGGGGAAGUAUGUGUCGUCAGGAGACAAAGGAGCAGCAGCUCAGGAGUCUCUGUAUGUGGAGAACCACUCCUACUGAAGCGGCCACAUUCCACUUCACCCGCCUGCACACACUGCUUCCAGGGAUCACUCAUACAUACUGUACUAACCAACCUGUCACCUUUACUCCACUGAUGAUGGAGCCUCACCAGAUCCUGGACUCUAAAAUAUAAAACUUAAAAAAAAAAGACUUGAAAAGUCAAAUGUCCAGGUUUUUUGCACCUUCAAGUUUGACAUUUUAAAGUCACUGUUACUGUACUGCCUGAUUCAGUGUGUUGUCACGUUAUCUAAUGUGUAGUUUUCCUUAUAAAGCCCCAGAUAUUGUCCUAAUAAAUGUUACAUGUGCCUUCA